UUUAAGGCCCGAUAGAAUUCAUAAACAAGCAGUCCCCUCUCUAGGGGGCAAAACUCGUGAGGUUUCCUAUAGGACAAACGGAGGUUCCUGAUCAUCCAUCAUCUCAUCAACCUGAUUGUUGGUAAAUAUCAUCAACGUAGACUGCAUCACCAAGUUUCUCUACUGCUAAACAAACAGCGGCAUAACUCUUGUACCAGAUUGCACGAUAGCGUGAAGACAUCCCGAGCUGACGCCAUAUAGACAUCGAGUGACUUAUCCUUCUGAGUGACCGCUAUAAUACGCAGACGACAACACAAAGGUGCCAGCAGCUACUCAAAUAAGUAGAAAAGACGAUAGGAACACACUCAAUCAUUCAGUCGUUAAAGUGUUUACUGCUGAGUGCUUAAAAAUUAUGAAAAUGAACAUCCAUUUCCUACAAGAGUUAUUACUUGCUUUACUAAUUGUGUCUACCGUCCAUUGUGUUAGUAAAAAUGACUUUGAUUCCGCAGUGGCUGCGACUGCCAGAAAAUGUCAGAUCACAUUUAAAGCCUGCCGUGAACAGAUAGCUUCUUUGAACGAAUACUACAAAACAAAUGAAUUCUGCAAAAUGUUUUUGAUUGGAUACAUUGACGAUGUAGACCCGUUUGAUUGCAUGGUCAGUAAUGGAUUAUGCACUAGCGAUGAGUUUGACGAAUUGAUAGGCGUCGCUUGUGAUGGCAACUUUAAGACGGAUUUUUCCGACAGCGAGUAUGAGAAUUAUUUCUAUCACGCCAUAGACUCCACGUCUGCCGGAUGCCAGGAUCAAGUAUUGUUCUGCAUAAAUAUAUCUGUCGUAGCAACAGUGUUGAAACAAGAAGAGAAAUUCUGUGCGUUGUUCGACCUGGAUAUCAACGGCAUCAAUUCUAGAACAUGUCUGACUCAAGCCGGACACUGUUCUGUCGCGGAAUUUCUUCUCUUAAAAACUGCUGCCUGUGACUUCAACGAAAAGACAGAGACGCAAGGAGUAAGUGACACACUCCUUAUUACAAGCCAAUCUUGCCAGUCGGCUAUUGAGAACUGUACGGUUUUGAAUCAGACAGCUUUUUCCUCAAUACGUAACAAAGAAUACUGUGAACCUAUGGCUUCGAACACUGCUAUGUCGUGUUUGGUUGGUUCUGACAAGUGCAGUGACUUUGAGUUUCAGUUAUUAAAUAAUGAAGCUUGCGAGAAUAGAGAUGCUUUUUCUAAAUUAUCCUCUAUGUGUAUACAUACUGUCGAAACUUGUGCCGCGAUAUCACCAUUGGCUCAAUAUUUGUUUAAAAUAGAAGAAUACUGUGAUCUGUUUGAAAUGAAUUUUAAUGGUGUUAGUGCCUAUCAGUGUUUGGUCGAGAUAGGGUUAUGUACAGACUCAGAAUAUUACGCUCUACGUCUGGCAAUGUGUGAUGAUCCUGGUUCUCAGUUUAUACUCGAUAACGCCCUCUUGUAUGUUUUAUUAAGGUUCGCGAGUAAGCCUUGUCAGAAUAAUGUUGUCGAUUGCAUUUUCAAAUCGAUUAUUGCAACUCUUUUGAAAGCUGACAACCAGUAUUGUCAGCUCAUGACCUUUAGCACAAACAACAAAAACGCCAACACCUGUCUCCAAAACUGUUCCAGCACCGAACUAGACUACUUUCGUCGAGCGUCAUGUGACACGUCACUGGCGCAGCUACAACCGUCAGCGUUUACAAAAGCCGUCAUGUCGACCUCACAGCCGUGUAAAAAUCAAAUAGAAAACUGCGCUUUCGGCAGCAAUUUGGCUUUCGCCUCGAUUCAAGGUGGACAGUAUUGCAAGAUCAUGAACAAAUAUCAGGCAGGGGCGGAGACCUACGCUUGUUUAGUUGGUAGCGGUGGGUGCACAGACAACGAAUAUCAGAUUAUGGAAGACGCAGCUUGCGACAAUGAAUAAAUACAUAGAACGAGUCUGGGAAACGGGAGAGGUUAAUGUAUAUUUAAACUGAAUAUUCAUUCUCUGAUAAUAUGAUGCUCUUAAUAAAAAAUCUUAAACAGAUUUUUAUUACCGUGUUAAAUUAAAUGCUUUUUUUUUUUGUUUUUCAUUCAUCAAUUUUAUUCGCUGAUAAAACGAACUGUUAAUGUUGUGUUGUUGUUUUUUUAAACUUCAUAUUUACAAAUUCAAAUUCUCACAUUAUGUAAGACAUGAACUUUUUUAAUGCUACCAUUUUAAUAAACAGUUACAAUAAUUUCUCAAAACAAAUAGAUCUCUAGCGUACAAUUAAAGACAUUUCAACUUUUAUAAGAUAGAAAUAAAUAAAGUAAAAACAAAAUUAAGAUAAUCUUAGUGGUUCAAGGGCUCACAUAUAUCAGUUCUUAUCUUGUUUAAAUCGAUAGAUAGCUAGAUAGACAGACAGAUGGACGAACAGACAGGCAUUAAAUACAGUAGAACAAAGAACUUUUUUUAAAGUGCUUCCUGUGUGGCCUACUAUUACUAUUUAUAGAGAGCGAAAGAUGUUCCUAACAUUUAAGGUACAUAUUUAUUUUUUUAAAAAAGCUUAUAUCAUUUUGCAUUUUAUCAAUGAACUUCGCACAGCCUAGGAGGUAGGCCUAUCAUUCCACAAAUAGUUUAUCGUAUUAAUAUUGGCUGUGUACUGUAUGUAAAUGAUGAGUUUAAAGCAAUUCUCCUAUUCGGUUGGAAAUAGAAAAAUUAUAUGGCAUGGACCGAACCGCGCCGGAAUGUUAUAAUUGUCACAAGGGAUAUAUCAACCGACCCUGUCUAUCUGUGUGGUAAAAACGUUUGUGCGUGUCAUUUCUCCCACACCCAAUCUCGGAUCAUGCUGAAUAUUUUACCUGACAGCACAAGUAUCAAUUUAAAAAAAAAAUUAGUUUCCAACUGGUCCAGACAAGUGAUAGGAUCAUAGAGUAUUGAGAAAGCUAAAGGACUAAAUAUAAUUUUUUAUUCAUCAUUCUCGAUAUGAUCAUUUUUUGUUGUUGUUUUUUAAUUGUUAUGGUUGUUGUUUUUGUUUUGGUCACCAUUUGUCUGUAUAUUUUUUUAAGUCCUCUUACUUAUAGAAGCUGAAAAGAUUUUCGUUUUGUUUUGUUUGGAUGUAUUGAUUAAUUUUGACUUUAAAACAUUUAAUCUCGGGGGGAGGGGGCAGGGAAGCAGUCACACAGAGAAUAAGAGUGUGAUAAAUGUGCAUUGGAUUGUAUGAUUAUUGACAAAUCAGAUAGAGGCAUUUCAUUGUAAAUGAGUGAUUUAAUUAAAUCUUUCGGCUCGCUGACUGGAAUGUUGAGUGCCUUGUUUAAUAUUUGUUGAAAUAUACGAGAACCGAAUUACAUAAAUAACACUCAUUUAGUCACUGAUCUAAAAUAGAAGGUCAGUUUUCAUUGAUCACCAAUACUUCAUUGAUUAUUGAUAUUUCGUUUUCAGAUAUUAUUUAAGAUCAGCAUUAACCUGUACAAAAUGUACAUUAGUUUUGAGAUAAGCAAUGUCUGUUAAUUCUCAUGGCACCUUAUUCGAAUCUUAUUAUUUUUUACUGCCCGAUGUAAAUUAAAUCAUUAUAUAUAAAAGCUUAUAUAUGAAAAAAAAAGAAAUUUGCCUCAUAAUCCAGUAUAACUAUAGUUAAAACUAUACAUAACCACAAAUAAAAUUGUAUUCGCUAUAUUGUCA